AUGGUCCUACCCCUGCACUAUGGGACCCUCAUGGGCAGCAGAUCUUGUGUGAAAAUGGCAGCAGCUGCCUGGGGCGGUGGUUUUCCCCAUGCUCUCCUGCACACUGCUAACACAUUUUCAAUACCACUCUGCCAAGGCAACACAGUGGACCAGUUCUUCUGUGAAAUCCCCCAGGUCCUUAAGCUCUCCUGCUCAGACUCCUACCUCAGGGAACUUGGCCUUCUUGUGGUUAGUCUUUGUUUAGUCUUUGGGUGUUUCAUUUUCAUUGUGGUGUCCUACGUGCAGAUCUUCACUGCUGUGCUGAGGAUCCCCUCUGAGCAGGGCCGGCACAAAGCCUUUUCCAUGUGUCUCCCGCACCUGGCCGUGGUCUCCCUGUUUGUCAGUACCUCAUUUUUUGCCUACCUGAAGCCCCCCUCCAUCUCCUCCCCAGCUCUGGAUCUGGUGGUGACUGUUCUGUAUGCGGUGGUGCCUCCAGCAGUGAACCCGCUCAUCUACAGCAUGAGGAGCAAGGAUCUGAAGGAUGCCCUGAGGAAAGUGAUUUCAUGCACAUUUUUCAGCAGUGGUGACAUUGCCAAAGCUCUCCACAAAUGA